GAAAAUAAAUGGCGCAAACCAGAAGCUGUUUUCUCUCUCGCGUUCCCAACGCCAUCGGCGGGUAAUUAACAUUUGCGUCUUCAAAGGCUAUCUGCUUGACUGCUUCACCACACCACACCACACCACACCGGCUUUAGAAUACGGCGUUGUUUAACGAGCAAGUUAGUUAAGGUUUGUCUGGUUAUCGGAAACAGACUUCAGAGACUGAAAAUGGCAACAAAUCCAGCAACGAAACCUUCGAAUCUUCCUAAAUCCGGAGCCAUCUCCAAAGGCUACAAUUUUGCGUCUACUUGGGAGCAGAACGCUCCUUUGACGGAGCAGCAGCAAGGAGCAAUACUGAUGCUAUCUCAUGCAGUUGCUGAACGGCCGUUUCCGGCCAAUUUGGCUCAAGAGCGAACCUCAGGGCAAGAUAAAGGCUUGUCUGUUUCUACAGACAAUAACAGUUUCAGAGAUUCUGAAGCUAUUGAUGCAAUUUUGGUUAAUACAAAUCAGUUUUAUAAAUGGUUCACGGAUCUUGAAUCGGCCAUGAGGUCUGAGACGGAGGAGAAGUAUCAACAUUUUGUUGACACUCUGGUAAAUCAGAUACGGACUUGUGAUGAUAUACUUCAACAAGUGGAUGAGACCUUGGACCUAUUUAAUGAACUACAACUGCAACACCAAGCUGUAGAAACAAAAACAAAAACUCUUCAUGAUGCAUGUGAUCUAUUGGUAAUGGAGAAGCAAAGGCUGAUUGAGUUUGCUGAAGCACUUCGCAGUAAGCUCAAGUAUUUUGAUGAGUUGGAGAAUAUUACUUCCAACUUUUACUCUCCAAACAUGAAUGUUGGAAACGCGAACUUUCUCCCACUUCUUAAACGGCUUGAUGAGUGCAUAUUGUAUGUCGAAAAUAAUCCACAAUAUGCAGAAUCCAGUGUUUAUUUGCUAAAAUUCCGUCAACUCCAGUCUCGGGCUCUUGGUAUGAUCCGCUCUCAUGUACUUUCUGUUCUCAAAACUGCAUCUUCCCAGGUCCAGGGAGCAAUUCGGAGCAGUGGUAGCAACAAAGCAUCUCUUUCUGAGGGUGUUGAGGCAUCCAUAGUUUAUGUUCGUUUCAAAGCAGCUGCUAGUGAGCUUAAACCGAUAUUUGAGGAAAUUGAAAACAGAGCACCAAGGAAAGAAUAUACCCAUCUACUUGCAGAAUGCCAUAAAUUGUACUGUGAACAGAGGCUUUCUUUGAUAAAAGGUACAGUGCAUCAGCGAAUAUCUGAAUUUGCCAAGAAAGAGGGUUUGCCAUCGUUGACUAGAUCAGGAUGUGCUUACUUAAUGCAGGUCUGUCAGCUUGAGCAUCAACUCUUCGAUCAUUUUUUCCCAUCUUCUUCCAAGGAUGCUUCAAGUUUGGCUCCAUUGAUAGAUCCUUUGUCUACAUACUUGUAUGACAUAUUGCGGCCAAAACUCAUUCAUGAAGCAAGUGUUGAUUUCCUUUGUGAAAUGGUUGAUAUCCUCAAAGUUGAAGUUUUGGGAGAACAGUUCAGUAGAAGGAGUGAAUCAUUGGCAGGGUUACGCCCUACAUUAGAAAGAAUUUUGGCAGACACUCAUGAACGCUUGACUUUUCGUGCUCGAACAUAUAUCCGUGAUGAGAUUGCAAAUUAUAUCCCGUCUAGUGAAGACUUGGACUACCCUGCAAAACUGGAUCAUUUUGCAGAUGUGAAGUCAGAAACUGCUACUGAUGCAAACCAAGAUGUAUUCAAAACUUGGUAUCCACCAUUGGAGAAAACCAUAUCUUUUCUCUCAAAAUUAUAUCAUUCUAUGGAACCGGAAGUGUUCACUGGCUUGGCCCAGGAAGCUGUGGAUGUUUGCUCUGUUUCAAUCCAAAAAACAAGCAAACUAAUUGCAAAGAGAUCCACACCAAUGGAUGGGCAGCUCUUCCUCAUAAAGCAUCUUCUGAUAUUAAGGGAACAGAUAGCACCAUUUGACAUAGAAUUCUCAGUUACACAAGAACUUGAUUUCUCUCAUUCACUGGAACACCUGAGAAGAAUACUUAGAGGUCAGGCCUCAUUAUUCGACUGGUCUAUGUCAACAUCAUUAGCAAGGAACUUAUCUCCCCGUGUUUUGGAAAGUCAAGUAGAUGCCAAGAAGAAACUGGAGAAAAGCUUAAAGGCAACUUGUGAGGAGUUUAUUAUGGCAGUCACUAAGCAAGUAGUGGAUCCUAUGCUUUCAUUUGUUACCAAGGUAACAGCUGUGAAAGUUACAUUGUCUUCUGGUACUCAGAAUCAAAAAAGAGACUCCGUAAUGGCUAAGCCACUCAAGGAACAAGCCUUUGCUACACCAGAGGCAGUGGCUGAACUUGUUCAGAAGGUACAUUCAGCUAUUCAGCAAGAACUUCCACUGGUGGUAGCUAAGAUGAAACUCUAUUUACAGAACCCAUCGACAAGAACAAUUCUUUUCAAACCAAUCAAGACAAAUAUUGUGGAAGCCCAUAUCCAAAUUCAAUCCCUUUUAAAAGCAGAGUAUUCUCCGGAAGAAAAGCGUACCAUCAACAUGAUCGCAAUAGAAGAACUGGAAUCACAGCUGGACAACCUCCUGUAAGGAUUCGAGCUAGCGAAAGGUCAAUCAAAUUAUAUCGACUCUACUCAAAUUUCUUCAGUAAUUUCAGCUAAUAUAUACCCUUGUUAGGAUGUUCAUAAAGCUAUAUUGAUAGAUAAGUAGACAAAAGAAGUAUAAAAGGAUUUAAUCUUCAGAAUA